AUGAGACUCGCAGAAUCAUCCACGGCCACCGCGCUGGCUGCAGCUGCUGCCGUAUCGGCGGCUUCAUACGAAACAUGCUGCACUCGCCUCGCCUCCGCGCUCGGCGACAUCGUCACCACCACGCCCUUUGCCGCGACUGACUACUUCUCGAUCCAGGAGUCGUCCCUUGUGCCGGCGUGUAUCGUGCGACCGCGUUCCGCACAGGAUGUUAGCAAGGCUGUGACGAUCCUCACCUCGUCGCAAUCGCGGGUGCCCGGAUGCCAGUUCGCCGUCAAGGGCGGCGGCCACACACCGGCUGGAGGCGCCGCCAACAUCCAGGGCGGCGUCACCAUCGACAUGAAGUAUCUGAACACGACGGUGCUGAGCAAGGACAAGGCCUCAGUGGCCGUCGGGGCUGGCGCCGUCUGGAACGAUGUUUUCGGCUACCUAGGCAAUUUCAAUCUUGCUGCUGCUGGCGGAAGAAACGGCGGCGUUGGUGUGGGCGGGCUGCUCCUGGGUGGUGGCAUCUCGCAUUUCUCGCCGCGUGUUGGAUGGGCGUGUGAUGGUGUUGUUGAGUUUGAGGUCGUCCUCGCAAACGGCACCCUCGCGACAGUCUCCGCGACCAGCCACCCCGACCUGUAUCGCGCCCUCAAGGGAGGGGGAAACAAUUUUGGCGUCGUAACGCGCUAUGAGCUGGCGACGUUUGCGCAGGGCAACAUGUCGGUCAACACCAUCUCGUACGACGUAUCCCAGGUCGGCGCCGUAUUCGACGCCUUCACCGACAUCGCCGCCUCGCCAAACUUCGACCCCUACGUGUCCCUCCAGGCGGAUCUGCUGUUCUCCUCGGCGGCCAAGGCGUGGUCGGUGACCGGCUCAGCCAGCUACACCAAGCCCGUGCUUCACCCGGCGGUGUUCAGCGGCCUCGAGGCCGUGCCAAGCAUCUCCAACACCUCCGAGAUCACGGCCGUGGCUGCGCUGGCUGCGGAGGCUCCCACUCCACCACUGAACUGGUUCUUCGCCACGCUAACCUUUGGCACAUCGAGCGAGGCCAUGCUGGGCAUUUUCAAUGCUCUCAAUGAAUCCAUUUACAACUUCAAUCCUGCCGGCGGAAUCACGUGGAGCUUUGCUUUUGAGCCUCUUCCAUCUGUGAUGCUUUCACAUUCCGCUGCCACCGGUGGAAAUGUUCUCGGGGUAGAGUCCAAGGAUGGCAAUGGCGUUAUCCUUCUCAUCUCUGCUCUCUGGCCGAACUCGACCUCCAACGACUCCAUUUACCGAAAAGGCCGAGACGCCUUUACGGCUGUUAAGACGGUCGCUGAGCAGAAAGGAGUGCUGCGCAAGUUUGAGUAUCUAAACUACGCAGGUCCGCAUCAGACACCGCUGGCGUCUUAUGGAGCUGACAACUUGAACUUCCUCCGCCAGAUCAGCAAAAAGUAUGACCCGACCGGAGUUUUCCAGAGCAAGGUGUCUGGUGGCUUCAAGUUGUGGUAA